AUGACCAACUAUGAUGAGUUUGUGAAGGAAUUCUUCUACUUUCCCGGAUUUCUUCAGGCUGACGACCAAGAUGAGGUCGCCGAAGAUGGAGGCGCGUACCGCAAUACGACAAAUUGGUGUCUAUUUGGUGAGAUCGUCGAUCAUCGCCCAUUCAAGGUUGGACAUACCGUUGCAGUUUUGAAUACCACUACCAAGAGAUUCUUGGAUGGGAGGGAGUUCGCGUGGAGAAGCUGGAAACUUGUCGGGUUAGCCUUUCCCAUGAGACUGGCAGACCUUUACCAGAUGAACACAGAGCUUGUCAAGUACACUGGAGGAAUUGACAAGCAAAAUGACACUCGGCCGUGUCAAGCCUGUGGCAAGGAAGCACAGGAGCGCAAGAAGUGUGGCGGCUGUGGUUACUACUACUACUGUGAUACCGCGUGUCAGAAGAAGGCCUGGGAGGGCAAGAACCACAAGAAGGAAUGCAAGGUCCUCAAGAAUCCCAACAUGAGAAUGCUGCUGAAUCUCAAAGCCACCACUCAAGCUCUCCGAUUCACAGAUUGA